UCACUCGUGGUGGUUUCGCGCGCGCAUAUCCCGCCAAGGUGCGACUACUUUUCGAGGAUAUAGAAGGAAAUUCCGUCCUGGCGAUUUCGCCACGCUUUCGAAUUCGUUUCCUUGCGACACUUGGAAGAUCAUGAAAUAAUCGACUACGUGUGUCACUCAGAAAUAAUAACGAAAUUCAAGUAAAUACGAAGCACGAGAUAGUCCGCCGCGUACAUUUGUAAUGAGCGAAAAGCGUCCAGUAAACACAGACGGUCGUCGAAUAGAAUUCUCGAACAUGUGAAGAAGAUGGAAAGAUUGUUGCUUAAAAGUCGCAGACAAUCGCCGACGAACGCACGUCCGGAACCGCAAGGAAUAGGUUAUAAUCAAACGUGUCCCCAGUGAUUUUAUUCUAAGUGUGUGCCGCGUUAUAACAAACAGUCCGACUCGGUGAAAGUUAAUACGAUUUAGAUCGUGAAGUUCAAUAAAUCAUUAAUUCGUCGCCAUUGAACGAUCAACGUGAACAACUUUUACAGCACGGGUGGAAAGUUCUACUACGCAUCGACGCCGUGUAAUCACGUUCGCAGGAAUGCGUAGCGCGGUGCUUCGCGUUCAUCACGGUGCGUCGCGUUCGGCCGUUUGAAAAUGCUAGUGGAAGUGCGAAAUCGGUGGCAUCGAUCCGUUGAUCGGCGAUAAAUAAAAACUCGUGCGUGUUCGUAGGAACCGCGGCAGAGAAAAGAGAAGGAGAAUAGACAGUGACAGUGGGGGAGGAAGAAAUAUCACGAAAGAGGUAGGCAGGAACGAAAUUAAAGUGCGCGAGCUAGUUACUGGAGCGCGAAUGAUUUGUAGGUCGGAUAUUUCGAAAAUUGCGACCUCCGCCAGAUGCCUAGAGGAAUGUUUCACCGAGUGAUCCUCCAACCGACGAAUCGAUUCUGAAUCGAAAACUCUCGCCCUGGUUGCUUGUAAACGGCCCGUCUUUCUUCUCCCUUCUGCCCCAAAGCGUCCCGCAUCGGCACGCUUUCCCCGAGCGUAAUUACGCCAAGUGUCGCAGCGGAGAAAAAUACGACUCCUCGUCCGUACAGAAUAGAAGAUUGCCGUUACCGAACCGUUCGUGUUUGUCUCCGAGCUCGGUCGAAUAUUCUCGCGUACGUGUACCGUUUUUCUAUUCGCCGUCGUUCCACAUCGCGAAAUACAUUCACGUCCGGCCCGGUCACGCGAACGGACGUUCCUAGGUGAAUAAAGAAAUCGAAUAACUCGGGCCCUGUGAUAGUGCGUGCGGUAUAAAAGGAACGACGAUAUUCCAAAUGGUGAUGGUAAGGAAAGGUGGCCGAGGGAGGUCAAGGAUUCCAGAGUGCAACCACGGAGCUACAUGAGUUUCAUCUACAGUCGGGACGCUUGAUUUCGUGGCAUUGUCCGCACCCUGUACGCGAUCCAGUGUUUCAAAGAGUGAAUCGCCUUCGUGUACGCGGCUAACGCUCAACAAAGGAAAUACUAUCUUCCUAAAGGAUUUCCAUGGAAUAGUAGCGAAAAAAAUGAUCAGUAUGAAGUUUUUUCGUGUGUUUCUGGCACUCCUUGGAAGUACGCACGUCCUCUGCGCGCAGCCGUCCGCAUUGCCGAUAAUCAAAAGUACCGGUGGCUCGAGCCUGGCAAGCGUGGUCGCUGGAAGUAAAUCGACGAAUCCUUUGAACAAACCAGUUUUCGACGACAUCGGCUUGCGAAAUGUCACUGCCAUCGUUGGACAACCGGCGGAAUUGAAUUGCUACGUGAAGAAUCCUGGGGACAGAGUGGUAUCCUGGAUACGUAAAAGGGACAUACACAUAUUGACCUCAUCCGUCCACGUGUACACGGGGGACGACAGAUUCUCGGUGAAGCAUCCGGAAGGAUCCGACGAAUGGACGCUGCAGAUCGGUUACAUUCAGCCACGCGACGCCGGGGUUUACGAAUGCCAGGUUAACACCGAGCCCAAAAUGAAUUUAGCCUUCGUGCUGAAAGUCGAAGAAAGUGCCCCUGUCCCCGCCACCACCACACCGAACGCCAUUCACCGGACGUUCAACUCAGCCGCUCAGGCGAAAAUCCUGAACCCGGAAGACGUCUACGUGAAGAAGGGUAGCACGAUAAGCCUCACGUGCACCGUUAAUGUGCAAAGUACGCCGCCCAGCAGCGUUUCGUGGCAUCACGGUGAAGCUGUGGUGGAUUUCGACAGUCCCAGCGUUCACCGCAGGGGCGGGGUCUCCUUGGAGACGGAGAAGACGGAAAGCGGCACGACCAGCAGACUUCUGGUGACACAGGCCAGAUUGAGCGACAGCGGAAAUUAUACCUGCAUUCCCAGCAACGCGAAACCAGCCAGCGUAGUGGUCCACGUGCUGAAUGGGGAACAUCCGGCGGCCAUGCAACACGGCGGCAGCUGCGGCGUCACGCCCACCAUUCUAUUGGCGACGUUUACACUGGUGAUUUCGAAUCUGCUAAGGUGAGCAGCCUCGUUGUGAAUCGUGCGGCUUCGAAGCUACGAGCUGUUCGAGCUCGUCCCGUGAACCGGCUGCCACAUAGACCAGCGUCGCACGCAAAGGUAAAAUGUGAACGAAGGAUACCACGUUCUCCGCUCGAGAAACCACAAGCGCAGAGGUCGCGGUGAAAAGAAAUGGAGAACGUAAGGAUCCAAGCGUGGACAAAGUGUAGUGGAUCUGGCCUGUGUGAUAGACGUGAAUAGUGCAGCUCGACGUUGCAUACGCACGUACGUUUUUACCUUGAAUUUGUCCCACACGAACUAUUAUUCCUAUGUCUAUUUCUCUAGCAACUUUCUUGUGUCAACUGCGUGUGGUUCGCGUUGAUGUGGCUCUUUCGUAAGGUAUCGUGUAUGAAAAAUGACUUUCGUUUGAUGUGACCCGCGUUGCGUACUUACGAGCGUCUCGUUUGAAAUUGCGAAACGGAUGCGAUCGAUGGAACGUAUGUGUCUGGCGUUGUUCCCGGACGGACGAGAGCUCGUCGAAGAAAUCGUCGGGCACGCGAAUCAAAGGCUUACAAUCGGACGUCGGAUAGUCGAUUAAUUACCGUUGAACCGUAUCGCGUAGAUAGAAGUUUCUCUGUAUAUAAAAGAAAGAAAGUGGGGACGGCGUUCAAUAAAUAGGGUUCGUUUGUACAGCACAACGUGAUGAGAAACAGGUCGGAUCUGGGCAGUGUUUGUACAUAGAGGAACAGGUUCGGUUCCCCUCUAAAAUCUCGUUUUAAAGCGUAGGAUACUCGACGAUUAUCGCGCACUUGGAAUCGAAUCACACACAAUUUGUCCAGAUCUGAUUGAUUGGCCUGCGUCAGCAUCGAGAUAUCCGUAAUUUCAUCGUUACUGAUUAUCGAUCAGAGAAAUCAGUCGGCAACGUCGUUUCAAAAUUUAAAAGAUUUUUCAUCGACGUAUAAUCGUUCUCGCUCUCGUGUUUAGAAUUUAAUAAUUCAUCGAUCAGGCUCGGUCCUUUUCUGUUUGUUCGAAGGGGACGGUAUCGAUUCAUUGUUGCUCACUGUAAGUUUUCUGAAAAACGCUAUUGUUUUAUCGGUGCUUGUUAUUUUCUAAAAUGAUUAUUUCCGACUUAACUUCUCACGAUUAAACUUCGCUGACACGUCGUCGUUUAACGUCUAAUCAAAAUGCAAUCACACUCUUCAAGAGAAUUAUAUAUCUUGUAAGGAAUACGAAUUCUACGAAACGCGAAUUAUAUAAAUAUAUAUAGAGCUCGUGUAUAGAUAAGCGUAAACGAGGAUAAUGUAAAUGUAUAAUUAAGAGUAUCGCUAACAGGUGUCCGUUAUGUGAAGAAAACCAUUCCGUUACUAUUACCGACGUCAAGUACAAUUCGACGAGAAUGAAUUAGAAGUACGUGUGUAAAAAUUUCAACUGUCGAUCGAGCAUCGAAUUUAAUUUAAGGUAACUACGAACAUUAUCGACACGAGGUACUAAACAAAUUGAUUUCCGUUUCUUCUAAUCACACAGACAUUUAUUCGAAGUUAACGCGCAAUCCGAAGACACACACACACACACACACACACACACACACAUAAUAGUAGUAAACUUGAAUUAAUCAAUCAAUAGAUUUACUACGAAUAUACAAUGUAACGAUCGAAAGAGAGAAACGAUAUCAUAACGGUAUAGUGAGUUAAGGCGCGACUUAAUUAUAAUAGGUCUAAAUAGAUUUUUUAUAAUGUUAUACCACGUGGCGAGGAAUUAAAUAGGACAUACGUACGUACAUAUACGCGGUGUGAAACGGACUGCCAGAACAACACGUUAAUAGUGUUAACAAUUUUGCAGCGACGAUGCGAGGAGAUUCGCGAUACGACACAUUAUUCCUUCUUGUAUAGUUUAUACAGUAAUUUAUGUCGUUGUGAGAGGACAAUAUUUUCAAGUUGACUCCUGAAGAUAGCAUUAAAGUAACAUGAAAAGCUACAAAAAAAAGAGACUAAAAACGAGACUAACGAGACGCGAAAGAAAUUAAGCUGAUCGGCCAGGCCGGUUUUGGAUGUUAUUCGUGUGUGAUAUUAUUCAAAAAAGAAUUUAGCAUUUUCGGGACGGAUUUUGACAAUUGAAAUACCAUUGGACGGAGCGUACAAGGAAGAAUGCGAGAAGGAGAGGAGAAUAAAGAGUUGUCAGAAUCGGUGAACGAGAAUUUCUAUUCUUUCCUGAUACGUGCAGCAGAUGCUCUACUCUGGAUCUUCAUCGAGUCUCGUUCCUUUGUGUUCGAUUCUAAUGAUCUAGGUUUGAUGUCACAUAUUCGUAGAUACAGUUGACGUCAACAUUCCGCACGGUGAUCGGUCACCGAUUUCAAGCGCGAAAUUGAACGAGGAACACAGUAUAUUCGACGUAACUCGUUCGCUCGGAGACACGCGUUAACUGUCAAUAUGUAAUCAGAAAAAUGAAACGGGGAAAUGUCGGGGAACGCGUAAAACGCGUCACGGAUCUGGGAUACGAUCGUCAUCCCAUCGCCGAUCGUGUAUUUCGAUCAUUGCCCGUUUGUCGCCGGGUUACAACUCGAUAACGCGACUGACCGAUCGAUCGUCGAGAUACAGAAGAUCCCGUGCUAUUCUAUCCCAGUCCCGGUGUCGAGCUUUACACGUUAAUUAUGUCACUAGAUAAUCGCGACCCGCAUAAUUACGGAAUGUUGCACAAUUUAUAGUUAAGCCUAGAUCGCGUUGUACAUAAAGAGAAAGGGGAGAAAAAUUCAUAAUCGAUAAUGUACCAUGUUAUAGAGAACAGUCAGCAUGAAUCAAAGUGGCAGUGAUAAGAACAAAAAAAAAUAUUGCGGCAGAAACGAGUAUGAACUAUUAUACUGUAAAGAUAUUCAUCGACGUGAAUACUGUUUCAAUAAAUGUAAUGAUGAUAUAAAA